AUGAGCUCCCUAGAAAAUAUCACAGUUUGUUCAUUUUCACCACCACCGUAUUUCAACAUUGUUAUGGAAAUCGUUGGAAUCAUCUCGAUUCCGAUGAAUAUUUUGAUUGCGUUUUUGGUUUGGAAAUAUUCAUCGACGACGAAGACUUUUCGAGCAUGUUUGACGUAUUUGCAGGUGAAUUUGGUUGGAUUUGGCACCAUUUUAGAAAAGUUUUUCUUUAUUUUUAUAUAAUUAUAUCGAACAUGAGACAUCAUUGUUAAAAAACUAUCCACCCAAGAUGAAUUUAUUUUUUUUGAAACGUAAAAUCCCCUGUGUUCCUUUUUCCAGAUAGUCUCAUUCAUCGUCGAAACCGACAUGGCUAUAAAUCAAGCCUGGUAUAAUUUUCCCAUCCUAGCUGGAUAUAGUCUUUCAAAUUUUGGUGCAUAUCUCAAUAUUCCAACUCAUGCUCUCAUGAUUUUCUUUAUAUUUUUUCUCUGUUCUGAAAUUCCCGCUUGUCUUCAAUGUUUUUAUUAUCGAUUUGAGGAAACUAGAAAAUUGAAAAGGGAUAAUAAAUUAUUCAAAGUCGGGUUGAUUUAUGUGAUAAUUUCACAUUUAUAUCCAUUUUUUGCAAUUUAUUUAUUCAAUUUAAUGAAAGCUUCAUUCGAACGACAAUAUGAGAUAAUGUUGAAGAGUUAUCCGAAGUGUGUUUCAUUGUUUGCUGAAGUUUCUUUUGAAUUAUACGAUUGGGAAAGUGCAGCAAUGAAAUAUUGUGUCAUAUAUUUUAUAACAAUUAUGUCAAUUUCGAUUGUGUAAGUUCCAAUUAAUUAACCCAUAAACAUAAUAAAACUUUUUCAGUUUCGGAGCAUAUUUCGCUUUAGGAGCCCUAUUUAUUCUUCUUGAAUUUCGAAGUUUGAUGUCUAAAAGUGCAUAUAACUCAAAUAUAUCUGCUCUGAUAAACUUGCUCAUAAUUUCACUUUGCCCUGUGUUUUUUGUAGUUCUUCCUCUAUUUUUCUGUCUUAUUGUAGUCAUAUUUGAAAUUGUUGAAUAUCAAGUUUAUUCUAAUAUAUCGAUGAUAUUUGUGAAUGCACAUUCAAUGGUUUAUUCGAUUGUUUCAAUUUUGACAAAUUCGAGAUAUCGAAAAAUAUUGAAAUCAUGGUUUAUCGGAAAGAAAAAGAAUAAAAUAACGCAUAUUGAAACUUUUCAAACGGUUUUUGAAAUCUAA